ACCAUUGCUGUGGUGGCGUCACAGCUCACAGCAACCUCCAACUCAACGGGCGCCGCCUUACUUUUGAUUUUGACUUGCGGGUCAGAAGUUCGGUUCUCGGAAGUCCGCCCCGCCCCGCCCCGGAAGUCCGCCUGCGCCCGUCCCUGUCCCGGAAGUCUGCUCUGCCCUCAAGUCUGUGGUUUCGCGUCCCUCAGCCUUGGCUGAGGCUAGUCUUUGGUAGGCGGCGGGGUGGGCUCCGCGCUUCUGUCUUUCCUGUGCGGUUCCCCUCGCCCCUCCGGCCGGCAGCGGUGACCACGCGCGGGGUAGCUGCCGGGAACCAGGCGUCGGGCGGGCCCAGCUGUCGCGUGGCCGCCGGGGGCUCGGUGUCCGCCGGGGCGCAGAGGUGCAAGACCAGGUCUUCUGCUGAGAGUGGUGUCUGCAUAUCCCAGGGAUGUACAUGCAGGUGGAGAUGCGCACCAGCUCCUGCCUCCAUCUGAAGAGGGCUCCCAGCAUCCGGUCCUGGUCCCUGCUGGUUGGAAUUCUGUCAAUUGGCCUGGCUGCUGCCUACUACAGUGGAGACAGUCUGGGCUGGAAGCUUUUCUACGUCACAGGCUGCCUGUUCGUGGCUGUACAGAACUUGGAAGACUGGGAGGAAGCCAUCUUCAACAAGAACACUGGGAAAGUCAUUCUGAAGACGUUCAGCCUCUACAAGAAGCUGCUGACUUUGUUCAGAGCAGGCCAUGACCAAGUGGUGGUCCUACUGAGUGACAUCAGAGACGUGAACGUGGAGGAGGAGAAGGUCCGCUACUUCGGAAGGGGCUACUCGGUGGUGCUGCGGUUUGCAACAGGGUUCUCCCACCCCCUCACCCAGAGUGCAGUCAUGGGCCGCCGCAGUGACGUGGAAGCCAUCGCCAAGCUCGUCACCAGCUUCCUGGAGCUGCAGCACCUAGAGAGCCCUGCAGAGCCAUCCCAGAGCAGCAACAGUGAGGCCGGUGGUCCUGGGAACCAGAGCUGAUGACACCUCCAGCCAAGUCUAUCUUCUGCCCCUCAAGCUGUGGUUUCUGCUCUUUCUGCUAUACCACAGUCUGGAGUUUCACCGAGGGUCAGGAAGGGCUGGGUAGGGUGUCUGUCAGACGAUGCAAGAGGCAGGUGCCGUGUCCAGGGGAAGGCAUGGCCAUGGCUUACAAAAUCAGUGCCCCUGGAAGAGACAGUAGCUCAGCUAGGGCAGUUCAGGAUGUGAGGGUUACAGGUGAUAUGCCCUGUUCUGGACAGACCCACCUGCAGCCUGUGAAACAAAAAGGACACCGAUCUUUCUGUGAUCUGGGGCCUAGACCUGGCCUUCCCAAAGCCAGAGGCUUUGUCAGCCCUGGGUUUCUGCAGGAAUUCAGCCCACUAGUCACAGGGAUCCUUUUUUUUUUUUUCAGUUUCUGGCCAGGGCUGGGUCCGAACCUGCCACCUCCAGCAUAUGGGGCCGGUGCCCUACUCCUCUGAGCCACAGGCGCCACCCGGAUCCUUUUUUUUUUUUUUUUUUUUAGAGACUGAGCCUUUAUCACCCUUGGUAGAGUGCCAUGACAUCACAGCUCACAGCAACCUCAACUCCUGGGUUUAGGCAAUUCUCUUGCCUCAGCCUCCCCAGUAGCCCAGUAGCUAGGACUACAGGACCUGCCACAAUGCCCAGCUAUUUUUUUUGUUGUUGUUGCAGUUUGGCUGGGGCCAGGUUUGAACCCACCACCAUCGGUAUAUGGGACUGGCGCCCUGCUCACUGAGCCACAGGCGCCGCCCAGGGAUCCUUCUUAGUGCAUGUGAGAGGCCAGCUUGGGGACAAACUCAUGUGGGUGCUGACAGGAUGUAUUGUGUCCCCACCAUACUGCAGCCUCUGCGAAUAUCACCCCCAUUGUUGACACAGCCCGUGGGACACAGACUGCCUUGGCCAGGCUGUCACUGCAGAAGGGUUCCUCCACUGACCAUCCUCAGCCUGGGCAGAAGUUACUAGUUGAGAAGAAAUCGAUUCUAAUAUCCUGAAGUGCUUAAAAACCGGGACACCUCUGCAGAAGUGGGGUUCCAGCCCCUCAAACCCUGGGAAGACCUGCAGGAGGGACUGGCUUCCAGCUGUGCCUCUGCGCCUGGGCUCCUCAGCCAGCCCCCUCUUGGCUGCCCCCUGGCAAAGGGCAAGGCAGCACCGGAGUGCUGCAGGAGGGCCUACACUCCUCUGCUCCUCUGCCCAGGGCAGAACCUUCCCUGGCAGGGACUGCCAGGCAGCCAGCCUGCCUGCCUCCAACUGGGUACACAGACACAGAGUUCAGUUUAAAAUGCAGUAAGUGGUACUAGGUCUGUUCCUCCCCAGGGGCUGUGAGGAGGAGGGAGCUGCUUGCCUGGUGCCUUCUGUGCCACUCCUGGGUGAGGGCUGGUGUGAAGGCAGGUCCUGACACUGCUGUAAAGCAGGUAAUGAAAAGUCUGUCUCACUCUCAUUAGAGCGACCUCUGGCCUCCACACUGCUUUUUAUUUCUAAAAAAUAAAGUUCUACAUGCAGAUCAUA